CCCCCGCCCGCGGCCGCGCUGCAAGGGUGCGGUCCUGGGGAGCAAGGUCUAGUCCGGCGCCCGCGAUCCCUUUCCCGCCUUCCAUUGCCCCAACUUCCCUCCGCCGACCAGCGCGCGGGUCCCGGGUCUGUGGUCACGUGUGCGGCGGCGGGCAAGCGCCAUGAGGCGGGCGGCGCUGCGGCUUUGUACCCUGAGCAAAGGGCUGCUUGCUCCCAGCAGAGGACUGACUCAAGGAUCUCAGAAUCCCGAGAAACAGAGAGUCUUCCACAUUCAUGAAGCAUGUUCACCAAUACAUGUGAAUCAUGUUCGAGAUAAGUUGCGGGAGAUAGUAGGAGCAUCCACAAACUGGAGAGACCACGUGAAAGCAAUGGAGGAAAGAAAAUUACUUCAUAGUUUUUUGGCUACGUCACAGAAAGGACUGCCACCUAGGAGAAUGAAAGACAGUUACAUUGAAGUUCUCUUACCUUUGGGCAGUCAGCCUGAAUUACGAGAGAAAUAUUUGACUGUUCAAAACACUGUAAGGUUUGGCAGGAUUCUUGAGGAUCUUGACAGCUUAGGAGUUCUUAUUUGCUACAUGCACAACAAAAUUCAUUCAGCUAAGAUGUCUCCUUUAUCGAUAGUUACAGCCCUGGUGGACAGGAUUGAUAUGUGUAAGAAAUGCUUAAGCCCAGAACAGGACAUCAAGUUCAGUGGCCAUGUUAGUUGGGUUGGGAAGACGUCCAUGGAAGUGAAGAUGCAUAUGUUCCAGUUACACGACAAUGAAUUUUCCCCUGUUUUGGAUGCGACAUUUGUAAUGGUGGCUCGUGAUUCUGAAAACAAAGGGCCGGCAUUUGUUAAUCCACUCACCCUUGAAAGCCCAGAGGAAGAAGAGCUCUUUAGACAAGGAGAAUUGAACAAGGGGACAAGGGUCACCUUCAGCUCCAUGUCAUUACUGAAAAUGGCUCCCACUGCUGAGGAGAGGACAACCAUACAUGAGAUGUUUCUUAACACGCUGGAUCCAAAGACUAUAAGUUUUCGAAGUCGAGUUUUGCCUCCUAAUGCAGUGUGGAUGGAGAAUUCAAAACUGAAGAGCUUGGAUAUUUGCCACCCUCAGGAGCGGAACAUUUUCAAUCGAAUCUUUGGUGGUUUCCUUAUGAGGAGAGCGUAUGAACUUGGAUGGGCUACUGCUUGUAACUUCGGUGGUUCCCGACCAUUUAUAGUCACCGUGGAUGAUAUCAUGUUUCAGAAACCUGUUGAGGUUGGAUCAUUGCUGUUUCUUUCUUCGCAGGUUUGCUUUACUCAGGGAAAUUACAUUCAAGUCAGAGUACACAGUGAGGUGGCCUCUCUACAGGAUAAAGAGCAUAUGACCACCAAUGUCUUUCAUUUCACGUUCAUGUCGGAAAAAGAAGUGCCCUUGGUUUUCCCCAGAACAUAUGGAGAGUCCAUGUUGUAUUUAGAUGGGCAGCGGCAUUUCAGCUCCAUGAGUGCACCAGUGACCUUGAAAAAGGACUACCUCAUCAAGCCCUAGGAAGACUGCGUUUGUUGAAGGCCAGUGCCCCACAGUGACACAGUGUCUGAUGAAGGCCUGAGCAAGUAUAUUGCUCUUAGUGUUUAUUCUCAUCCUCCAUAGCGAAGAAGGAUGUAUUCAGCUUUUAGGUUGAUCAGAAAAGUAGAAUGAGAGAAUGGCUGGGUGGGGCAGAGGGGGAAAGAAUUAUUGAAUAAUAAAUACUUUCAAGACAGUUUAAAUUGUGAACCUACCACGUUUCCUCCUGUCUACUCAGGAAAUGAGGGCUGAAUGCCUUUUUAUGUGAGUGGACACAUUCUUUUCUUACACAUAUUGCAACCAUCAAUCUACAUGGUUUCCUGCCAGGGCAUUUGGAGGGCAUUCUUUAAACCUGACCUUUACUGCAAUUCCCCUGUAUUAUUUAAAUCCCAUCAACCCUAUGUGAUUCCUUUGUAUUUUUGCCUCCUUCUAUUUUCCAGCUUUUGUUGUUAGCAGAGGGUAGAUGAAAAGUUGUAGUGAAGGG